AUUGACUCACCACCAAAAGCAUUCACUCAUUAAUAUUCAUUUCCAUAAUAUCAAAAUCAAGUUAACAUCUUAUCACCCUCAUUAUAUACAUAUCUUUCUUCAUGACUCACAAGAGUUUGGUUCAAGUUCAACUUCAAGUUCAACCCUAAACAAGAAAGAGAGAGAAACCAAGAUGGAUUAUUAUGGAGGAAAGAUUGGUGGAAGUGAUCAAAGAGGUAAUGGUGGUGGUGGUGGGCCAUGUGGUGCUUGCAAGUUUUUGAGAAGAAAGUGUGUAAAAGGUUGCAUAUUUGCACCCUAUUUUGAUUCGGACCAAGGAACGGUUCAUUUUGCGGCGGUUCAUAAGGUGUUUGGUGCUAGUAAUGCCUCUAAGUUACUCAUGCGUGUUCCGGUUCAUAAACGUCUUGAUGCUGUUGUUACUCUUUGUUAUGAGGCUCUUGCUAGGGCUAGAGACCCUGUUUAUGGCUGUGUUGCUCAUAUCUUUGCACUUCAACAACAGGUCAUGAGCUUGCAGGCAGAGCUAACAUAUGUUCAGGCGACUCUUGCGACAAUGCAGCACCUCCCGAUCAACCCUCAAAACUCUUCGCCGACUCUACAUUCUUCCGCGAAUCACUUAGGAACAAAUGCAGACAUGAUAAGUGCCUCGAAUUUCAUGUCCAUGCACAUUGAUCCUCAUCAACAACUUUCAGCAUCAUUGGACUUGAGUAGCUUCUUCAAUCAAUCAGAUCAACAACAACUUGAGGAUGAUGAACUCCAAGCUUUGGCUAGAGAGUUUGUCUCUAGGUACUUGCCUGGAGUGAGAUUUCAGCCUUCUAAUUCUAACUAGGAUUUUUUUUCUGUGUUGUCAUUUUUGUUGAAUUUCGAUGCUAAUGUUUUUAUUUUUUCGGAAUUAUGUCAAAUGAAAUUUUAACUUCACUUAAUUUCUUGAGUCCGGUAAUUAUGUAACCAAACUAGGGACUUUUCGCACUUUUUUUGACACUUUCUUUUUCUUUUAAUUGUAAAAUAGUUAAAGCAUUGCUAUAAAAAAAAAUGGCUAUACCAAUAGCAUGUCCAGAGAAUUUAAAAUUCAGAUAAACUUCUGAACAAUCCAUGUCCAGAAAACGAGGGAAUUUAGAAGAGAGCUCAAAUUACAAGCAAAAUAUUGUGAUUUUGACUAGGCUUAAGAUGAUAUCUUCAUCAUUGUUGUGUUACAAGUGUGGCCUUAUGGAGUUGGAAUAUAAAACUGACAGCGUAAGAUAUUUGCUGUUCAUUUGAAUCAUCAAGGAGCGGAUUGUUUAAGUAAAUAGAAAUUACUAGCAAUUACCGGUUGACCUACCCCACCCUAAUAUUUAGGUAGUGAAAAUACAAAAAAUGUUUCUAAAAUACGCAAAGUGUAUUUACGGAUGCUCAAAAAAUUCAUCCCUCAUUUAUUCGUAUGUAAGAUAUACCUUAAUUUUGUCAUAAAUUAGUAUGAAGAUGCAUUUCCGUAACAUAUAUAGAAAUAGACCUCCGAUGUGAUUUGAGUCAUAUUAAUG